AUGUCGGCGGGGCGGCCGUGGCCGUGGUGGCUGCUGCCGGCGCUGCUGUGGGGCGGCGCGGGGGGGUACGUGGUGGUCAGCUCGGUGUCGUGGCCGCUGCCCGAGGCGGGGGCGGCGGCGGACGAGCUGCACAGCUCCUCCACCGAGGAGGCGCUGCCCGCGCUGCUGGAGGAGCCGGGCGGCCUCUGGAAGCAGAGCUACCCGGCCUCGGCGUACCGGGAGGAUGCGGCGCUGGGCUCCGGGCCGGCGGCGCGGCGGCCGGGCCAGGGGGCCGCCCCCUCCAGGAUGUUCUCCUACCGGCGGGAGGGCGGAGGGGCGCCGGGCCGCGCCGGGACCGCCCGCUUCCUCGCCCGCCACAACAGCUGGGGCUUCGUGGCGACGCGGGCCGCCCGAGGAAAGAUCCAAGGUAUGCCCUAUGGGAACUGUUUACUUCUCAGCGAUGGUCCCGUCAAUAACAGCACUGGAAUCCCUUUCUUUUAUGUGACACCAAAGGAUAGCACUGUGACAGAUCUUCUGAAGAAUCCCAUGGCUUCUCUGACCCUGCCAGAGGCAGAUGGAAAUUUCUGCAGAAAAAAUGUAAUUGAUCCAGAGGAUUCGAGGUGUGCCAGGCUGACUCUCACAGGACAGAUGGUCACGGUGCCUCCGGAGGAAGUAGAAUUUGCCAAGCAAGCAAUGUUUUCCAGGCACCCAGUGGUAAGAAAGUGGCCUCGUAGCUAUGAGUGGUUCUUCAUGAAAAUGAACAUUGAACACAUCUGGCUUCAAAACUGGUAUGGAGAAGUUUCUCCCAUUGCAGUAGAAGAGUAUUUAAAAGCAGCUCCAAGUAAAGGAUGAUCGAAUGGGCUUUGAGAUAGAAAUCUCCUGAGUUUCCUUUCCAAACACUUCUAAAUUUUCAUGGUACAUGGUUUCUUUACAGUGAUUUUUUUUCCCCUCCCCAAAAGCUUCAAAAUAGCUCUUUCUCACAUGGAGCGGACUGAAAAUAAAUCAACACAGACUUUCAAAUUAUGAAGGAGAGGUGGAUACUAGCCCUACCCUGCAAUGUACAGACUUGUCAUUUCAAGCAGGCAACACGUCAUCUGAAAUGCUGUUUUAAAAAUACUUUGUAUCUGUUUGUUUUGACUUCUAUUGCUGUSCACUCACAGGGAAACUACACUAUGUGCUAAAUAUAAUGUUCUGAUUUGCAGAAAACRCAAAUUGCCCACUCAGAACCUUCUAUGCAUUGUGGAGGUAUUACUGCUGCUUGGUCUCCCUUGGUUUGUAAGUACUCUAAGAGAAACUUAAUAGCUKCAAAUUUAGGUGUUUAAGUUUAAAAACAAAUAAUUUGCUAAAGCUGUCCUCAUUUGCUAACUUUUCUUUUCUAUGUGUGUUUUUCCCUAAUUAGAUAAUUUGGUAUUUCASUUGGAAAUUGAGUAGAACUUCUCUCUUUAGUAGAAAAAAAUGCAAUCAGUUCAAACAGCACAGCUCCAAUAUAACUUGUCUCUGACACAAAGCUGGUUAAACACAUUAAGGGCCAAAAUCAAAUCGGCCCCAAAAGGAUUAUCUCAAUACAAGUAUAAACACUCUCAUAAGAAGAAUUUAAGCAAAUGUUCUCAGCUAGCCUGUUCCUGUUGAGACAGGAAAAGUAUUUCUAAUAGCCUGUAGUCCCAAUUUUUUUUGCCUCCCUGCUCAAGCCACUGCUUUAUUUUUAACUGGCUUGUGCAACUGAUCUUUUGUAAGCCCUCACUAAAUCAUUGAGGGGUGGAGUCUCUCCCCUAACUCCGUUUCCUCACCAAGARUAAAGGGCUUGUUCAUCCAUUUAUUUUUUAAAGAAGCCCAAAGAUGGUAGGUAUUUCAGGCCAUGAAAAMGUACUUUUCCCAGUGCAAACUUUGUUGCAAACACAUAUAUAGGCUUCUCAUGGAGUAAUACCAAAAGAGUUCAAAGGCAUUUUAAUCACCAUCAGCCCUUUCUCGAGAUGUCCUCCUGGUAAACUUAUUCUGCAUUUCUUAAGGGUAUCACAGAAAGAAACUUCCCAUGGCUAAGAGCCAAGUCACCACAGUUUUAAAAUUAUAUGGCUGCUCUCCCGUUACAUUAAGAAAGAGACAUACUGAAAUGAGAUUUCUGUGCCUGUGGGGAAGGUCUUCGAGCAUCCCUGGAAGUGCACCUGAGCUCUGGACACCAGCCUGCACCAUGUCUGGGCUGGGGAGGAGCCUGGGUGCGUGGGUAAGUGCCCUAAGAUUGUACAGGUUAAUCCCGGGGCAGAGCUCAGAGGCAGCUGMAUGAGCUGUGAUCAGCUGGAAGCCAAUUAAGUGUAGCUUGGUUUAUUUUGGCUCCAGCAUGGAGAGAGGGAGUCAUUCCCAGAACAACUGGGCACCAUACUGGUUUGACUACAAGGGGGCACUUAGCCGCAGGGUGAGUCCUCAGCUCCAGGCAUCGUUGCUACUCCUGAUACUCUGUAAGAAGCAAAAGCAAGUGGAGGAGGGAAUUUUUGUUUAGACACUUACUAAGCCUUUUUUUUAUUCUUGUCUCAUUGCUAACGAGACUCUGUUGGCAGUGCAGAUCUUUUGCAGAGGUAAUUAUACAAAAGGAGGAAAUGUCCUGCCUGAAUCUAUUUCCUUCUAUUUUAUUUCUUGGCAGAUGAGCUGCAUUUUCACAUUUGAGUUUGCCCCGAAUCUUGCAUUGGGUAGUACUGAAGCAAGAUGGCCUGUCCUGUACAAAUUUAUAGAAUACCAUCAAGUGAAAUCCCCCUUGACUCAUAUAAUUUUGCCAUGGGAAUCUUUGUUCACUAUGGAUUUAAUGACUUUGUCCAUUAAGAUUAAUGGGACUUUUAAAUCYGAGUGCAACAGGAAGAAUACUAGGCCUUUUAAGGGAAUUUCACACGUGUAACAUUUCUGUUGAACUAUAAUUACAUAUUUCAUUAUCCCAGUUCACUACUAUCCCCAGAGAAACGUGAAAAACCUAUUCUGUCCCCCACUCCUAAAUACACACAGAUUAAGCAAAUACAGAGUACAAUCUUAAUGUUUAAACAAGCUGAUGAAGAGAAAAAGAAUUUUAGAAGUGCUGCUGUUACUGUACUCUCAAUUUCAUUCAUGUCCCCUGGAAACAGUGACAGGGCCCUAUGUCCUAUCCAUUAACUUAUUAACUAGCCUUGAAGUAGUAAGGGAUUGUGUCAACAAGGUUCAGAAGAGCUUCAGUGGUUUAAGAAGUAAGUGUGUACUAAGAAAAGUUUUGAAUUUACAACAUCCUACUUGUUACAGACUGUCUCCCUGCACACACAGAUUAAUUGGAGUAGCUUCAGUAUUGUAAAAUGACACAUUCAUCAAGAAGCUUUUCAGUAUGGACCCACCGUGAGGCUCUUGACAGAACCUCAAAAUAUGAAAUGGUGAUGACAUGUAAAGUGACAAAAUGGGCCUCUUGAAGAAAUGCUGUCUUAAAUCACCUGUUCUCAUUUCAUACUUCCUUCACCCAAGGAAUAGUUACCAUGAAAAUCCUUGGAAGUCUGUAGAAAUUCAUAAAAAUAUGACCAGCAGAUUUUGAAUGGAAUUUUCCCGACCAAAAAAAAAAAAGAGGGGAAAGUAGUUUGCUUAUUUGGGUUUUAUAUUAUUAUUUAUACGCUAGUCCCAAUUUUUCUUUGAAAAGACAAAUGUCUCAAGUAAUAUUGGUCAUCACAUGAUACAUAAUGUUUGUUAAAGCUUUUAACCCAAAGAGUUUUAUCUGAAAUACCAUAAUAAAAACAUAGUUCCUUAAGACUGUAGAGYCUGAUCUUGCUUCAAUUCAAGUCAAUAGCAAAAAUCCCAUUUAUUUGUUGUGUUUUAAUUAUUAGAUCAAACAAGCAUUUUCAUAAAAUGUCUUGAUAAAGUCUUAUGUAUUUAUUAAGCAUUUCAACCAGCUGAUGUGUAAUUUCCAUGUGUUCUGUAUUUUAGUUAUUUCUGUAGCUUCCCCAAAAAAGUUUGUUGUGCAACAUGUUUAAAAUUUAAACUGUGGUCUUGCGAUAUUUAAAAGAUGUAUUUGGCUAUUUCUGUAUACUUGCUGAAAAAAGGAAAAUGAAGCUGAAAAGUUGGGUUCUCACUUUUUGCUAAUUUGUGCAAAAGUAAUGCAUGUACAGGAUUUAGGUACAGCUGUUUUGAACUGCUGCUCUUAUUUAACCAAAGAAUGCUCCGUUUCUGAUGAAAUUUUCAUCACUUCAGUGGUUGAAAUGCAACCUGUCACACUUCUGGAUGUGUAUUGCAAUUUGCAAUGUAUUUUGAUUUCUAAAAAUAUUGAAAGUUGUUAACAAAAUGGCCAUGGAGAAGAAAUGAAAAUAAAACAAAUUUCAAAGCAGAAAGUGUAUAAGGAUA